AUGAAUCUUCUAGGCUUGGCGCUCGUGACUGCUGUAACCGCUCUUCCCAAUGGCUACAAUUUACCAACGCCUUCUGGUCCGCCCUUUAUCCCUCCAAGUUGCAACGAUGGACAAGUACUUCACGUAGACGGCAGGUGCAUUAAACCUCGAGUGCUCCAACGUGCGUUUGUGUAUGAUGUGCCAUCGAACGUAGCUGUUCAUAAUGAGUCAAAGCAUAUUGCAGAACCGAAAGUGGAACGCAAUGUGAUUUUUGUGAGACUUCCUGAUGGUCCUGUAGAACCUGAACCAGUCGUCAUACCUCCUCCGAGACAACAACACGUCCUGUAUGUCCUUAAUAAGCAGUUGGAACAAGGGCAGCGGGUGAUCGAGGUGUCAACACUACCGCCGGCAGAUCCCGAAGUGGUCUUCGUGAACUACGCAGAAGGGGAAAACCCAACUCUUCCUGGUGGAGUAGACCUUCAGACAGCGUUGGGUUCAGCUGCCCCAAAAGAAGGUCAAAUAAUCAGCGAUGUUCAGAAUGGAGGUGGUAUCGGAAAUGGUACCGUGGCCGAUGGUAAUUUUGGAAAUGUUAUUAGCAGUAGUGCCGGAAGUACUGGAAGUGGUAUCGACGGUAACUUCGACAAUACCGGAAGCGACAUUGGAAGCGGUAUCGGUAGUGGUACAGGAGUCGCUAUCGAUGGUAAUCUAGGAAAUGGUUUUGGAGGCACUGUCGGAGGUGGUUUUGGAGACGGCAAUAAAGGUGAUACUAGUACCGAUGAUGUGACCGGUAGUGAAGUCGGUGAUAUCCGGAGUGGUAUUUACACUCCGCCUACAAAUAACUACUCCCCUCCUUCUACAUCCCACAAAACAUACUGAAAUGGCUUUUAUUCCUAACGUAAUGAGUAAUGUGAGUGCGAAAUGAACUCUUAUUGAUACAUAUAAGGGCAAGGGCAAUGCAUGUACUUGAAUAGC